UGUUGAUCACGAUUGUUCCAAAAUCUCAAAGUAUCAAUUUUUCCCAAAUUUUUUUUUGCAGGUUUUAUAUCUGGGAACCUGAAGGGUCAGAUCAGUCACAGAUCUUAUACAUGGGUUCUGGGAAUUCAAAGAGAAGCCAGAGGCAAGACUCGUUGUCGUCCCGGUCGGAUUCAUCAGUAUCUUCGGAGAAAGGAUCGUUCUUUUUGUAUGGUCAAGAAAGCUAUAGUUACCCGCCUCAACAAAUCUGCAGUUCUGACUUCGCUUAUCCUCAACCGCGGUGCUAUUCGCAGACGCCGCCAGAUACGCCCAUCCACGGAGGUUCUCGGAAGGAACCCACCUUAGCGGAUGAGUUUACUUGUAUAGAACAGGUGGUAGAGGCUCUUGCACUGGCGGGCCUAGAAUCUUGUAAGCUAAUCGUCGGUAUCGACUUCACCAGGAGUAAUCAAUGGACAGGAGCUGAAUCCUUUGGGGGAAGAAGCCUACAUGCCAUUGGUUUUCAGCCAAACCCGUAUGAGCAAGUGAUAACCACCAUAGGAAAAACCUUGGGAGUUUUCAGCAAUGAUAACUUAAUCCCAUGUUAUGGUUUUGGAGAUGCAUCAACUCGUGAUCGAAAUGUUUUCAGUUUCUAUCCGGACGGGAGAUCCUGUAAUGGGUUUGAGGAAGUACUGUCUCGUUAUAGGGAAAUCGUUCCCCAUAUUAAAUUCUCAGGACCAACCUCGUUCGCUCCAAUCAUUGAAAUGGCUAUGGCCGUCGUUGAUCAGGACAUCGGGAAGUUUCAUGUAUUAGUCAUAAUAGCUGACGGGCAGGUUACAGAAGGAGUCGACAUCCGGGUAGUAAGUCCCCAAGAGACGAUGACCCAUCAUGCUAUCAACCAAGCGCGGUUUUUUCCUCUAUCGAUCAUCUUAGUUGGGGUUGGUGAUGGACCGUGGGAAUUAGAAGAAUUUUGCAAUACCCCCUAUCCAUACGGUGCUCCCUUCAAUUUCGUGGACUUCACGGAGAUCAUGUCGAAGAAUGUAGAGCAGAAUCAAAAGGAAGCGGAGUUCGUCCAUUCUGCUCUGAUGGAGCUACCUUUACGUUACAAAGCAUUUUUAGAGCGUGACAUGUUACGGACCAUGCGGCUAAGACGUCGUGGUAUCGCCAAUCGAACUGCCCUUCCUCCUCCGGUACUUGUAAGCAACCGCCCCCAAUCUGCCACAAGUUCUACACUCGAUGAACAGGUGGAUCUAUAAUUGCCGUUGUUUAGAAUCACAGGGUGAAACGAUACUUCAACCAUGUCAAAAUCUUGCGGAAAACACUCUUUCGCUUCUUUGCUUAUUGGAACAACUGUUAGUAGCCACUGGAAUAUAUAUGAAACGAUCUGCAGUUGGACUGUUGUAGCGGAAAUACUGCAAUAGACUACAGUGUGCCGGUUGGAUGAGAUUCAAUGAGCCUUUUUCAUUCAA